GCCGAGCAAAAAGGGUCGCAUAGAUCGAAUAAAUACAGUAGAUUCAGUGGUGCGCUGUAUACAAGUUGCCUUCGCGACGCUUGCAGCCAACUGAGUGCAGCUGGCAGCGCUCUAGAUGCACCGCGGCCGCACCAAGGCACCAGUGCUGCCAGUCCACAAAUCGAGCAGCAGCAAGAGGAGCAGUGAGGAGCCAAAACGCAUACCAGCACUCGCAUACGUCGCGGCCUGCUUUGCAAUCGGCGUGCUCAUCGGUAAAGCGCUGCGACCACAGAUGGCCGAGUUCGCACCAGCCGCCGCGCCGCCGGCACCGGCUGCUACAAACGCGCCGACCGCCGCGGCGACACAAAAAAAGCUGGACCCGCGCGUCUACGCCUUCUACUACGCCUGGUACCAGAACCCCGCGACGGACGGCCUCUGGGCGCACUGGAACCACAAGCAUCUAGAUCACUGGGACGCGGCGGUCCGAGCCAAGUACCCGCCCUUCGUCCACGACCCGGAAAAACGCGACGUCGGCGCGAGCUUCUUCCCCGCGCUGGGCGCCUACUCGUCGGCCGACGAUUCAAUUAUUGAGGCGCACUUCGCGCAGCUCCGGAAGGCGAACGUCGGCGUGGCGGUCGUGAGCUGGUACCCGCCGGGCAAGCGCGACGCGAACGGCCCCGAGGUCGACGGUUUGGUGAAGAGGCUGCUGGCCGCGGCGGCGCGCUUCGGCCUGGAGCUCUGCCUCCACCUGGAGCCCUGGGAGGGGCGCACGGCGGCGGCGCAGCUGAAGGACGUGGCCUACGCCGUCCGAACGUACGGCGCCCACGAGGCCUACCACAAGAUCGACGGCAAGUGCGUGUUCUUCGCCUACGACUCGUACCAGCUCGCCGCGCGCGACUGGCGCGCGGCGCGGGUCGCGGCGAACGACGGCGCGUUCCUCAUCGCGCUGGCGCUGGAGGCGAAGCACGUCGACGACUACGUGGGUGGGGCGGGCGGCUUCGACGGGGCCUACAGCUAUUUUGGCGCUACCGGCUUCACGCAAGCCUCGACGCCGUCGAGCUGGAAAGGGCUUGUCGCACGGGCGUCGGCGAAGGGCGGCCUCUUCGUCCCGUGCGUCGCGCCGGGCUACGACGACCUGCGCGUGCGACCGUGGAACGGCGCGAAUUCGCGGGGCCGCGAGGCGGGCGCCUACUACGACCGGAGCUGGCGCGCGGCGCUUGAGAGCGGCGCGGCGCGCGUCGCGGUCACGAGUUUCAACGAGUGGCACGAGGGCACGCAGAUCGAAACCGCGGCGGCGGCGUUCACGCCGGAGCGGCCGGGCGUCACUACGUACCUGGCGUACCCGUCGCCGGAGUUUUACCUGACGAAGACGGCGGCCUGGGUGGAGCAGUUCGUGGCGGCGCGGCGGCGCGCGGGGGUGGGGUAAGGCUUGUUCCUAUCGA